AUGGCACACAGCUAUCAGCAAGGUUAUGAUGACAGACGUUUUGAAGGUCGAGUCAGAGAAGAUUUAAUUUGCUCUAUUUGUCAAGGGGUGCUCAGAAAUCCACGAACUUGCCAGAAUAAAGAACAUCCAUUUUGUCUUUCUUGUAUAUCUCAACAUCUUCGUAAUUCCCACAUAUGUCCUGAAUGCAGAGAGCACCUGACCCCAGAAACCCUCAAAGAUCCACCGAGAUUUUUGAAGAAUACCUUAUCAGGGCUGAAAAUCAAGUGUGAUUACAAUGAGCGAGGCUGUCCGGGCUACGUCCAGCUUGGAAAUUUACAGCAUCAUGUUGAGCGAUGUGGCUUUGCGCCUGUUAUGUGUGGAAAUGAAGGAUGUGGGACGGUGGUCAAUAAAAGGGAUAAAGAAAUCCAUGAGAGAGAACUCUGCCAGUGUAGAAUUCCCAAGUGCCACGACUGCAGAGAUAUUAAAGCAAGUCAAGACGAAAUGAAAGCAAGUCAUAAUGCAAUAAAGGUAAAAACAUUUUGACCACGUUUAGGUUUGCAUGGCAACAUAUUGUAUCGUAGAACAUAGUUCAUCAAUUUGUAUACAGCUGAGAAUAUCCUAUCACUAACAUUAAAUAAGAUGUAUUAAAACUUCAAAAGAGAGCAGCAUGAAUAAUACCAGGGAUAACUGGUAAAACACAAUCAGUACAACUGUUGCAACUAUGAGAGUAGCUGCAUAUUCAUACUGGAAAAAACUCUACUACCGUAAAAAACUCUAUUUUUCGAGCACUAAAAAAUAUGGCACUGCUCAAUAUGUGAUAUGUUUGCAAAGAUAAAUGAAGUGUCAAAUAUUUAGAGAAUAGCAACUACAACUGGCAUACAUCUUCCAAGAGUUAGAACUGAGAAGACUAAAUGAAAAAUAACGUAUAUAGUGGACCAGUACUUUUUAACUCAUUACCAAAUCACCUUAAAAUAAUUAAAAAUUAACCAUGCAUUACAAUUACCACCAUUUUCUUAGAGAUGAAUGAUGAGGUUGACCACCUUAAAAUAUAUCACUCGGUGUAAUUAUGUAAGUACUGUUUAAUAAACGAGCAGGAGUGUUUUAUUAUGUUUAAAGACACGAGCGCGCAGCGCGAGUGGCUUUAGACAUAAUAAAACACGACCUGCGAGUUUAUUAAACGGCUUCAAACACGACUACAAAUUCAUAGGCGUACCGGGCGGGGGGGGGCGGUAGCCCCCCAGUUUUUUGGGCAGUCGGGCAAUAUUCGAUCAACAGUCGGGCAAUUUUGGUUUGUAAUAAAAAUAAAUGGGACAAAUUCAGUCAAUUUAGUCGAAAAUUCAGUCAAUUUUGUGGUCAAUUUUGUGAUGUUUGGAAAAUUUUCCGAAAAAUUUUGGUAUGUCCGGAAAAAAUUUUUGACCCCUAAAAUGGUACACAGACCGAAAUUUUUUUGGCGACGGGGGGGCGGCUCGCCGAAAUAAUUUUUCCGGGAAAAAUUUUUUAGGUACUAGUCGGGCACAAUCCGGAAAAGUCGGGCAAAUUUGUUUCCGCCCCCCUAAUUUUUUCCUUCCGGUACGCCCAUGUACAAAUUCAAUAGAUAUACUGCCUAUUAGUAUUCUUUAUAUAAAGAAUACUAAUGAGGACACGACUACAAUAGAUACUGCCUUAUUAGUAUUCUUUAUAUAAAGAAUACUAAUUAGGAGUGUUUUAUCAGGUUUAAAGCCACUGCACGUGACAUAUUAUGGUUGACAUGAUUUGCCAAUAAGCUUAUGAAUUGUUAAUUAGUGUUUGAAUGCCGUAUAAUCAAUAGUUUUGAUUUCUUUAUAUAAUUGAAUAAGUAACUAACCAGAAUAGGUAAUCAUAUUGUAUUAAUUUUAGUGUGUCCAGAACCACCAAUGAUAUCUUACCAAACAUGUUUGGUGAAGAUGCUAUCCUCUUUUUAAAUGAUUAAUAAUAACAACUAUAAUUCAGGAAAAUGUUGACGAGAUGAAAGUAAGACAAGAUGAAAUGAUAGCUAGUCAAAUUGGAAUGGAAAGAAAACAAGAUGAAAUUAAGGUUAGACAAGUUUUUGUUCUUUGCGUGUUUGCAAAGCAAUCAAUUUUGAAAAGUUUGUGAAAAUGUAUAGUGGCAUCUCUGAGAUUAUCCGCAGCCUUGUCAGUGAAGUUUAUAUUUUACAAUUCAGGAACAUGUCGAUGAGAUGAAGGUGGAAUUGAGCACAACAAAAGUUCAGAACACAGAAAUGGAAAGAAAGCAAGAUGAAAUCAAUGUUAAAGUAAAUCAAGUGAAGGUAAGACAAGAUUUUGUUUACUUCUGUGUAUUAAGUUUUAAUUUGCAGAACUAUUUUUCCUAAGCACGAGUGUUUAUUACUCCAAAUAUUGUUUAACGCAAACUUCUGAGGAAUCAGGCCAACAUAUUGAACACUUUGCCAAGUAAAUAAACUACUUAUGGCGCACAGCUUCUCAAAAUGUACACUGUGUCAUCGCUGAUAUAUUUUAAUGUAACAACAUAGUCACAUAAAUUUUUAAUUUUACAAUCCAGGAGAAUGUUGACGAGAUAAAGCGAACUCAAGCAGAAAUGAAAGCAGAUCAAGUGAUGUUUAAAGCUGAGGUAAGCCAGCAGUUUCAAAGAAUGGCAGAAAUGUUGAAUCAGUUGUUGCAAGGAAGCAAUGUAAGCAACAAUGGCGCUCAAGCUGUAGAUCCAGCAUUUCCAGACAACAACCAAGAUAUUAUUAUUCUUGGCGGUCGGUGUAGUGAUAAAAAGGAUGGUGUUUUAAAUACUGCUGAAAAAUUCAACAUAGUAGAAGGCAAGUCAACUCAACUACCGCGAAUGAAUCUCGCUCGAGCAGAAUUAGCAUCAUGUGUUUACAAUAGUGACGUCAUCGUGACUGGAGGCCACGAUGGUCAAGCUGGUACUGACUUGAUCGAGGUUUUAAAGAUGAACCAGCAUGCUUUGCGAUGGACGAUGUUUGAUGGUAAACUGCCUGUCAAAUUAUCUGCCCAUGACGUCACAGUUUACCAAGAGAAAUUAUAUAUCAUAGGAGGAUUUAACUGGAAUGAAAAGAAAACAUCCGAUGCAAUUUAUGAACUAUCCCUUGCCCCGCCUUAUACUGUCAAGCUUCUCGCAAGAAUGCCUCAGCCAAGACGAGACCACAGAGCGGAGAUUGUUAACGGGAAGCUAUUUAUCUUGGGAGGAUCGACAACAAACAAGAGUAAUGAUACCACAGAUAGUGUUGUUGUGUAUGAUUUCAUCAAGAACGAGAUUAAGCCAUGUCCAUCGUUAUCAAAGCCUGUCUCAGGAAUGUCCACAGUUACUUGGGGCAAUAUGAUCAUUGUUGUCGGCGGGCUGGAUAAGAAUGAUCAGGCUUUAAAUGACGUCAUCAUGUAUCACAUUGAGUCAGGGCGAAGUGAAAGAUUACCUUCACUGAAACACAAGAGGUUCGGUGCCUCAGCCGUCAUCAUGCAUGACGUCAUUGUUGUAUUGGGAGGAGGGAAUAAGGAGGAGGGACAUCUCAAUUCAGUAGAAAGUUUCACAAUGGGAGAUGAUCAGUGGAAAGAACUGCCAGGAAUGAAAGAAAAAAGGGUUUGGGCAACAGCUGUAGUGAAACCUGGCAACUGAAAAGUUUUCUAUAAACUAUUUAUUCGCCUCUUGCAUGAAUAACACUUUGCCCCGUGCGGAUAAACAUGUAGAAAGUCUGUAGAUACUAAACACGCACAGAAAAGGAAAUAAAUAACAUUGAUUGACAAGUCAAUGUAACUACAAAACACCUUGAUAACUUUGAAGACAUAUUUACAUGACCCCGCGAGACGUCUCGCCUGCUAUCAUCUCCCCUCCGGUAAUUUUAUUAUAAAAAUUUACAUGGCGGCAUACGAGAAGCAGAGACCAUAGAUAGGCGGGAUGAAAAAAUGUUCCAUAUGAACACGCCAGCCCGCUUACCAGGAUGAGGUAAAAAAACCGAACAAUUUUUACUGAGCGUCAUAUUUGCUUCGCAUGAAAGUGUUAAAUCUGUUGCUGAAGCAAUUGCUUUUCCUUGAAAAAAAGAUGAAAACACCAAAAUCGUUACAACAUUUGUGUUGCAUGACUGAGAUGUACGAGUUUUGCAAGCGCUAAUUUAUAUAGAGCUACAUUGUAGUCUCAUCUUGAAAACACGAAAACGUUCGUCCUACGACGUCAGUGAUGGUUGUUUUAUGGUUUUAUGUUCUGUUUUAAACUGUAUGACAAGUUCAUAUCCACAACGGAUUAUUCGUUGAUAACUUGAGGCAGAUAGCAAAAUUAUAUUGCAUGCCAUAUGACAGUUUAAUGUCUGUUUAAAAUAUCAUACUUAUGUUUAUUAAUAAUUAUAUUUUCGAUAUAACCCUGUAUAAUACAUUAUUGUGUAAAUAUUCUUCAUUUAAUAUACCUUGUGUCGAAAGAAACAUUUUGAUCUGGACAGAAACAUUAGUAAUUAGUGGAACAUUGAAUUAAUUUUAAUUAGUAAGACAUGUGAAGCAUAUUGUAAAUAAAGUCAG